CUGCUGCUGCUGCUGCGUGAACGACAGACAGAGAGCUGUAGCGGUCUCCUUGUUCUCAAGCAGCCAGCGGCGCGUUGCUCGGCUCGGAGUGCGAUCGCAGCGAUGUGCGCAUAGAUGUGCAAAACCUCUGGAAUAUCCCAUUGCUGGAGAAGCUGCAAGCGACCAGCGUGGAGGAAGGACCGCGUCUGUUCAGCCGGCUAAAGGGAACUGAGGGACGGCGAGAGCAUGGCGGUAGAAGAGGAAGGUCUGCGGGUUUUUCAGAGCGUUAAAAUUAAAAUAGGAGAAGCUAAAAACAUCCCUCCGUACCCGGGGCCAAACAGGAUGAGGGAUUGUUACUGUACUGUCAACCUGGAUCAAGAAGAAGUCUUCAGGACCAAGAUUGUGGAGAAGUCGCUGUGUCCCUUCUAUGGAGAGGACUUCUAUUGUGAGAUCCCACGUAGCUUCAGACAUCUCUCCUUCUAUAUCUUUGACAGGGAUGUCUUCAGGAGGGACUCGAGUAUUGGUAAAGUUGCGGUGAAGAAAGAAGACCUGCAGAAAUACCACGGGAAAGACACCUGGUUCCAACUCCAACCUGUCAGCGCUGACUCAGAGGUGCAGGGAAAAGUGCACCUGGAGCUCCGUUUGAGUGAAGUCAUCACAGACAGCGGAGUCAUCAACCACAAACUGGCCACGCGAGUGCUGGAGUGCCAAGGUCUUCCAAUCGUCAAUGGGCAAUGUGACCCUUAUGCUGCUGUCUCGCUAAUUGGACCUUCCAGGUCCGAAGCAAAGAAGACCAAGGUGAAGCGGAAAACCAAUAAUCCACAGUUUGAUGAAGUUUUCUAUUUUGAGGUGACACGGCCCUUAAGCUCCACAAAGCGACAGUUUGAUGUUGAAGAGGAAGACGUGGACAAACUGGCCUUGAGGGUGGACCUGUGGAAUGCCAGCAACUUGAAGUUUGGUGAUGAGUUCCUGGGAGGUGUGCGGGUUCCUCUCAGAGUCUUGGGUCAAUUUGGAGUCCACGAUGCGUGGUACUAUCUUCAGCCCAGGGAAAAUGCAGGGAAGUCUGUGAAGGUAGAAGAGCUGGGAUCUCUACGCCUGAACAUUGUUUACACCGAGGACCACGUCUUCCCAUCGGAGCACUACACUCCGCUCAGAGAUUUGCUGCUGGAUUCUGCAAACGUACAGCCCGUGUCGGCGUCCACCGCAAACAUUUUGGGAGAGGUGUGUCGGGAGAAGCAAGAAGCCGCAAUUCCGCUCGUGCGGCUCUUCCUCCAUUAUGGCAAGAUCGUGCCUUUCAUCAGCGCCAUCGCGCACGCCGAAGUCAACCGUACGCAGGAUCCCAACACCAUUUUCCGGGGGAACUCGCUCACGUCCAAAUGCAUCGACGAGACCAUGAAACUGGCAGGGAUGCAUUAUCUUCAAGUCACACUUAAACCAAUCAUAGAUGAGAUCUGCACAGAACACAAGCCCUGCGAAAUCGACCCAGUUAAGCUCAAGGAAUCGGAAAACCUCGACACAAAUAGGGAAAACCUUCGCCACUAUGUAGACCGUAUCUUCAACGUCAUCACCACAUCUGGCGUUCGCUGCCCCACUGUUAUGUGUGACAUCUUCUUCUCGCUAAGAGAGUCUGCUGCCACUCGUUUCCAAGAUGAAGACCAAGAUGUGCGGUACACAGCAGUGAGCAGUUUCAUCUUUCUGCGUUUCUUUGCUCCAGCCAUCCUGUCGCCCAAUCUCUUUCAGUUACGGCCUCACCACCCGGAUGCCGCCACCUCGAGAACGCUUACUCUCAUCUCCAAGACCAUCCAGACGUUGGGAAGUCUUGCCACGUCAAAAUCUGCUAAUUUCAAGGAGACUUACAUGGCAGGAUUUUAUGACUACUUCAAUGAGCAGAAGUAUGCUGAUGCUGUGAAGAAUUUUCUAGACCUCAUAUCAACUUCCGGCAAGUGGGAUCAGAAGAGUAUUGAAACACCAAUCAUGCUCAAAGAGGGAAGUGUAAAAGUCACAAUAAAGAGGGUUGAUGGGAAGGGCUCAAAAGGCACCAAGGGCAGAUUUAUGAUAAAGAGAGCGCAAGGAAGAAACAGAUUUGGAAUGAAGAACUUUAAGAAGAGAUGGUUUCGUCUCACCAACCAUGAGUUCACUUACCACAAAACUAAAGGAGAGGGAGCUCUUUGCAGCAUUCCCAUAGAAAACAUCCUGGCUGUGGAAAGGCUGGAGGAGGAGUCAUUUAAGAUGAAAAAUAUGUUCCAGGUCAUCCAGCCAGAGCGGGCGCUCUACAUCCAAGCCAACAACUGUGUGGAGGCGCGAGAUUGGAUCGACAUCUUAACCAAAGUCAGCCAAUGCAACCGCAAACGUCUCAGCACCUAUCAUCCUUCAGCCUACCUCAACGGCCACUGGCUGUGCUGCAAGCUUUCUGCCGACACGGCGCCUGGCUGUACGCCCUGCACCGGCGGGCUCCCAGCCAACAUCCAGCUGGACGUGGACGGCGAUAGAGAGACUGAGAGGAUCUAUUCCCUGUACAGCACAUACAUGACCAAGCUAAUCAAGAUGGAAGAGGCCUGCGGCAGCAAGUCGGUGUACGACGGACCCGAGCAAGAAGAAUAUUCCAGCUUUGUCAUUGACGACCCGCAGGAGACCUACAAAACUCUGAAGCAGAUCGUUUCAGCUGUGCAGACCUUGGAGCAGCAGCAUACCAAGUACAAGCGAGACAAGUUCAAGAAGACCAAGAUAGGCAGCCAGGAACAUCCAAUAGGGGACAAAAGUUUCCAGUGCUACAUCCGUCAGCAGUCGGAGAGCUCCACCUAUUCCAUCUGACCGUCACUCUGGGGCCUCCUUCUGUCAAGUUCACAAUCAGCACGUUGGAGUCGACAGUAAACGGCAGUCCAUCUCUUCCGAAGUGGCUCGCACCCGAUGUGCUGAAUUCAGGGAAAUUACGAGUUUUAAGUUUCCUACGAGGGAAACGGAACCGCACAGGGUUGCGCUCAAGAUGCCAUGCAGCACUCCGGAUGUGUGGAGGAACUGACCUGGGAUCAGUUGUGACUAAAAAGGAACCGGAGUGGAGGAGGAGGAAGAAGAAGUGUUCAUCCUUUCUGCGAUGUGACGAAACUUUUCACUGGACAGCUUUGACAGUGAACGAGACGCACUUUAAUCACCUCCGAAUCAAUGCACGAAUAAGACGUUUAAAAAAACAAAACUAUAUUUUACAGCUUUGAUUUAUAUGACGGCUGUUGUAAUGUUAUAUCGCAUUUCGCGGAUGGAAACUUCAGAAGGAGCAGUAUUUUCAAAAUUGUUUUUUUAAAUAGCUCACCAAAAUGGAUUUUCGGGACCAAGUCUGGUGUGAGCGAGAUCACUGCCGUCGUUUAUCAUCCGUGCGCUGAACAGUCGCUGAGCUUUUAUUUGCCGUCGUGUUUUGAAGUCGAGCCCUGGCCGAGCCGCUUCAGUGAGAUUUGAACUGAAUUCAAAAACCUGAAAGGCUAUUCUGUUUUAUGUUUAAAAAAUUGCCUCAGACGUUGGCUUUGCAUGACUUCGCUGUUGGAGGUCUCAGCCGUCAAGAUGGAGGUGGUGUCAAGCUACAUACUAAAUGCGUCACAAUCCAAUCGGAUUUAUCGGCCAUAUGUACACAAAUCAUUUAGUUGCAGAUUGUGAAGACCAUUUACUCAUGCAAUGCAUGCAUGACAAGUCAUGAACAAACAAGUGAUGGGAAAACGAAGCUUCAAAUUUGCUUCACGAAACAGUUGGUUUUUUUUAACGCCUCUAGAUGGCACUGUUGGCUUAAAGAAAGGUUUUUAAUAAAUGCCAAGGUAUUGUGCUUUGUGCAGAGAGCGCCAUCUACAGGAGUAAAAAAAAAAACAGCAACUGGUUCAUGAAGCAAAUCUGAACCUUCAUUUUCCCAUCACGACUCAUCAUAAGCAUUUUUUGUUGUGGACACAAUUUCAACAGCGUUGAAUGAUUUCAUCCACACAUCGAACACAAUGAGGUGGCAUUUAACUAUGUGAUCCAUUUUCUGUCUAGGUUUGAUGACAGAAAACAAAUUGUCCUAUCAAAUUAGACACAUCGCACACAUCUCAAGUCACUGAGAUUUGUCUUUUAGCUUUACUCUUGAUGAACUCUUCUGACAUUCGACCCAUUUCAAGUUAUCGUGAAAUGGGUGCCAUUGUUACAAGCUGCCUAAAAACUUGGUUUUAGCAACAUACCUGUGUGUCGCCAUGGAAACACAGGCCUGUAGUGUCAAAUGGAUUUGAGAUGCUGCCAAGCUUGCCCGCCCAUCAGCACCUCAUAUUCCCUCAAAGGUACUGACCGCUUUUUAAUCUUGCUAACACUUGUGUGUAAGUUAUCCUUGCAACAUUCAUAAUUGUAAUUACUGUACCUUUUCUUGCCAAAUCAGUGUGCGUGUAAUCACAGCAGACUGACGUCACUUCUUUGUCCAAUAGACACCAUUCACAAGCUUCUUUUUUUUUUUUCCUCGUAUCUUCCAAUUGUAAGCACCUCCGUGGUGGUCAGUGCCAGUCUUUUUUUUUUUAAUAUAAAGUCCUCUAAAAAAAAAAAAAAUCUGAUGCAUUAGAUGUGUUUUUAUAUAUAUAAAUGUAUCAUAACCUGUGAUGUUGGGUAAACUUUUUUUGUUAGCUGUUUCUAUGAAUUUGUGGCUGUCAUACAGACAUCUCGCUGUGCUUCUGAGUUGAACGACUGAAGUGUGUUCGUGUGUGUGUGUGACUGACAUGCCAAGUGAAUUGACCCAGUGUUAGCGGUGAGAAGGCAGCAUGCCAGUUGUCAACUAUAUUUUUGAAUAGCUCACUGCCAGGAAUAAUACUCAUAACAGUACGCCAACUGUCUUGUAUUGUUCUUGUUUUUCUUAAUAUGUUGAACCUUAGUUCUUUCUCAUGAAGCCUAAUUACGUCUCCACUAACUCCUCAGGUUUGGAAUGUUAACCACACAACCAAGCCCAUUCAGUUGCAUUUUUUUUUUUUUUUUCCAUGAACCUUGUAAACAUUAGCUUUGGGGAAGAGUCAUUCAAGUAACGGCAAUUUCCCCACCCCAUAGCAUACAUGCUUUUAUGCAAAAAGUUCCCCCCACUUUGCAAUAAUAUUGCCUUUAUUUCAUACAUUUGCAAAUUAACAACACACAAUGUAUUUGUAUUUUGUACAAAUAUUUUAAAUGUAUAAUAUAGCUUAUUGUACGUGUACUGUAUAUAGAACAGUGGGAUGAAUGGUGAAAUGUAUUGUGCUUUUUUUUCUCUUAACAAAAUGAAAAUAUUAAUGCAAA